AAACUGAGACUGCGUGUGUACAUCGGUACAUAGAGUGGCAACUUACUGUUGGAUCAUCACACAAAGAGAACAAAUCCAUGAGAACUUCCACCAUGUUCUCGUUGUGCUACUCAACAACGUUCAAAGCCACCUCUCACUCAUCGGCUUUCCCAUCAUCGCUUCAUUCUCUCACCUCCGCUUUCUUCCCUCUACAACCCAAAUCCCGCAACUUCGUUUCCCUCAAGGAAUCAUCAUUCCCCGGGAAUUCAAUCCCCACCAAGCGACGAAGUCUCUGCGUGGUUUCCGGCUCUAAAUCGGACGAUGGGUUCCAUGAAUCUUCCUUUGAGGGAGCUGAAUCAUUCUUUAGGAGCGUGAUGGCAAGCAUGGAAACGGUGUACUUAAACAGAAACCCCACAGCAAAAGCAAUCUUGGAGCUUGUUCAGUCUGUGGACGGUGAACAAAUUUGCUAUGAUCAUCUUGCAUUUAGGACAUUUGGGGUGAACGGUUAUGGUAUUGACUCGAUGGCUAAAUUUUUCCUUGAUUUUGGCUAUACACCACGGGAGGAGUUGAGGUUUCCUGCUAAGAAAUUGAAAGCAUUGUGGUUUUCUCCUCCUAGUGUUCCCCUUCUUGAUGGUGAUAGCGGUGUCAAUGGGCCUUUGCCAAGAGUUUUUAUCUCAGAGCUUCUUGUAGAUCAGAUGAGUGCACAAACUCAGGAUAUAAUUAGGAAAUACACUGAAAUAUCUGGUGGUGCAAAUAAGCAUGCAGCUCUUGCAAGCGCAAUCGGAUCUCUAACAUGGGGAAAACCCCUAUAUUCUGAAUUCCAACAAUUGGCAAGGGAAAGUGAAUAUGCUGCAUGGACCCUUGUCAAUGGGUACGCACUGAACCAUGCUACUAUUUCCACUCAUCGACUAAAGUCUCACUUGAGAAAUAUCAAAAGUCUAAAUCAGUUUAUUGAAGACAAUGGAUUCAAGUUGAAUUCCCAAGGGGGAGUUCUGAAAGUGAGCCCCGAUGGCCUUCUGCUGCAAAGUUCAACCGUAGCAGAUUCAGUUUCUUUCCAAUUUUCUGACGGUGUCACUGAAUCAGUUCCCUGUUCAUACAUUGAGUUUGCUGAACGCCUGGUGCUACCUCAGUAUAAAAAUAUAUCUGAGGGAGAGGUUAAAGAGUUCCACAGGCGAGAUGGAUUCGAGGUUGGCAAUGCUGACAAGAUCUUUGAGAGCACAUCCAUGGAGCAGCUGACCAGGAAAGCUGCAUGAGAUACAAAACCAACUUCUUUGGCACAAUGCUUGAGGGAAAUAAUAAGGAUUUGGUACAUCUUGCUGGAGGUUCCAUCAAAGGUGGCCUUCGAGUCUGAGAUGUUAAUGAAUACCAAAUAUUUUCCAAAGUUCAAAGGGUUGAAUCAUGUAAAUUGCUUUGCUUCUCAUAAUAAAAGGACAGCAAGUUUAUUGUAUA